CUCAGUGUGCUCGAGCGAACAUUCAAAGCAUUGAACUAAAAAUAUGUUUGAUUCGAAAUUAAUUAACGUAAAGUCUGUAUUCUCAUGUCAGUAUUCUUAUGAAUGGUGAAGAGAAUUUGGGAAAGAAAAUAUGUCUGAAGAGCGUUUUAAACUGAUGACAACUCAUGAUUGUUUGCGACUAAAGCGCGAGUUGGAUGUAAAUGAGGAUGAAGAUGAGGACAUUCGACUUAGAUCUAUGUUCUUCGCACUCAUUGUAGUGUUUGUCUUCUUUAUAAUAGGCUUGGGAAUCUGGUUAAUCUCCAGCAGCUGCAUUAUGAAGAAAACUCCCAGAAAAAGACGUAAAAAUAAGCAAAGAAAGAGAAAACCAGGAGGAGAGGAAAUAGAUCAAACUGGAAGAUGUGGACGCACGCAUCUCUUCGGUUAUAGACCCUACUCUUAUCCCAGAUACAAAGCGGGAGCCUCAAAUAAAACCUUUGGCAAUUUAAAUAUACCCUCCAAACUAUGGAAGACCUAUCAAAUAGGAGUGCCAUUGCAAAACUUAAAUUUACCAGCAAUAAAAUCAAAAACCAACAAUGAAAUUUCCCCAUCUGAGGAAACUCAAUCACAGGAAAGCAGUCUAACAUCCUUAAUUUUGAAUAAUGAAAACACUAAGAAACCUGGCCAUGGAAUUCAAUGGGCCAAUUGGCUGAAGCGCAAUCACAAUAACUGAAAAUGUGCAGUAAUUGCAUAGUAAAUAUAUAUUCAUAUUAAUAAAGCAUAUAAAGCAUAUUA